GUCAUCGUGAGAUAUAUUUUUCCGCGGACUGCUCGGACGAUCAAUUGAAAGUUACAUGGUUACUGUGACAUGCAGCUAUGCCUAUAGCUUAACUUGCGCAGACUAUUUAUCUAUAUCGUGCAAUUAUUUUAGCUCAUUUUAGAGUGAAACUUGAAUAACUGAGUGCAUUGUUCUUCCUCGUCAAAUUGUGUAACCUGUGGAAAAUAGGCAUAGGCUACUAUUCAUUUUAAUGAAAAGAUAUCAAACUAUGAGCAGAUCAAAUAACUGUUAGCCUACUGCCUCACAGUUACUGAUAGUAACAGUUUAUGAGGAACCGCUGAUAUUCACCAUAACUCCAAGUACGACUGAAAUAAAUUAACAAUUAAGGAAAUAAUCUGUGAAAUGCCGACUCUGACAGUGAUCCAAACUAGACACCCUUCUGUCAUUGGGACAUGUGCUCCGGAAUACAAACGAAAUGGAUCCUCUGCGCUGUCGGGGGGUCGGGGCACCCCACGGGCAAUGAAGACGAGACAAGUGUCACUGCGGGAUAUGGUGGUGACUCCUGAUCGCGUACCCAAGUUUACCAUUCCAGCCCUGGCUCCAUCGCGCCGGACACGUGCGCAAAAUUCAUGUGGACUGGAUGAAUCUACGUUGGGGUCCCCCCAUGUUUCGCGCCGGCAUACAAUGACCUGUUUGCCGCAUUCUCCAGCUUCGCACCGAGUAUGCAACCCAGGACCGGAGUCAGAUCUUAUAUUCUGGGGAGAAAUUGCCAGGGAGGAUUUAUCGGACCCAUUGUCGCGGGCUGCAAUGUCUAUCCCACACCUGCCCAAAAUCACCACCCCAUACGGCUUUCUCACUCUGGGAGAAAGCCCAAGCGUUCGGCGAAGGGAAUCGCUCUUUUUCGAAGACGAAAUUCCACGGUUUUACAUCUCUGGAACUGGAGGGGGAAAACACCUCACACUCAGCACCAUGUCUUCCUCGCGGAUUGUCCGAACACAAUCCUACCCACUUUCCGAUAUCGAGAAAUUCCCCCGGACGAUAAGAACCUUGCGCUCCUUUUCUUGCGGCACUGCGACUUCUUUUAGCUGUGACCCCCGCCAUUCUGAAACCUACCCACAGAGCUUGCAGACGAGCCUCGAAUCACGACUGUCCAUACCUCCAGCGUCUGCGUCCCCGGGGAGAGGGAGGCUGCAGCGGCUGCUAAAGAAGCGCCUGGCCGCCCUGAGGACACUAAAACCAAGUCGCUGCGUGGGAAAGCGACAUUCCAUUGACAUUAAACCGGAAAAAAAUGCACUGUCCCACUAGAGACCAUGACAACAAUGCAUAGAAUGCUGGAAUAGUAGACAUAACUUUGAUAAUAUGUUGUCUUUCUUUUGUGCCAUGAGCCUGAUAUCAUA